CGAAAAAGGAGAUCGAGAUUCCCGGAAUCCGAUACCGAAAAAGCUUCGUCGCCUCUCUGCAAUUGUUAAAAAAAAACGCCGCUGCCGGACCGAUCCAGGACGGUGGCUUGCAGUACCUACUUCGGCGCCUCGAUACAACCUCCAGGGCCGCCGUCAUCGCAAUCGGCAACACCGCUUGGAAUCGGAACUGAAAGGGCCAGAGAAACCAUGGGCGCAUUCCUGCCCUUGCUUUCCGCCUUCUUUGGCUGGGUCUACACAAUCGCCUGGAGCCUCUCCUUUUACCCCCAGCCGCUGCUCAACUGGCAGCGCGGGUCCACGUCUGGCACCACGGCCGACUUCCCUACCAUUAACAUCAUCGGUUUCGCUGCCUACUUCGUGUCCAACGUCGCCCUCUACUACUCCCCCGUCGUGCGUAGUCAAUACGCUGCCCGCCAUGAUGGCUUGGUCCCGACCGUCGCCUUCAACGACAUCACGUUUGCGCUGCACGCCCUUGUCCUCAGCAUCAUCACCGCUUCGCAGUAUCUCCUCCGCCCGCUCUGGGGCUUCGAGCCUAGCCCCGGCACUCGUCCCAGCCGCUUCGUCUCCGGCAUCAUCGCUGGCUCCGCGCUGGGCGUCCUCAUCACCUGCCUCAUUGUGAGCGCGACACCGUCUGGAAACCCGGCCACCGACUGGUGCGAGCUAGAUAUUGUCUACGCCGUCGGCUAUAUCAAGAUCUUGGUCACGCUGGUCAAGUACACGCCUCAGAUCCUCGCAAACUACCGUAACAAGAGCACGCGUGGCUGGAGCAUCUGGCAGAUCUUGCUAGAUGUACUCGGAGGAGUCUUGAGCUUGGCCCAGCUUGGCAUCGAUAGCUACCUGCAACACAACUGGGCUGGUAUUACGGGCAACCCGGUGAAGCUGGCGCUUGGCAACUGCAGCUUGGUCUUUGACACCAUCUUCAUCGCUCAGCACUACGUCCUCUACCGAGGCAAGGAGGGCAGCGACGAGGAACAGAGACUUCUUCCCGAUGAAGAGAGAAGGCACCAUGAUUAGACUAGAUCCAGACUACACCAUUUUGAUUGCAGGCUAGAUUUUGCGAGGUGCCUUUAACACAGGCGCCGCCUGAUACCCACUGGGCAGGAGUUAAGAGGCUGGCUGCCUACAGUAAAUUUUCCAUAAUAUCCAUUGUCUAUAAA